AUGGAUGGAAAAAUUGUAGGAUUUACAGAAAUAUGGAGAGAUUGGCAGGAAUAUGGUUUGAUAUAUAAGACAUACCUUGAUAUCUGGUGGCCUGAGGUAGCAACUACGAAUUCUGAUGAAAUCAGGAUAGCUGUCAACUUUCAAGAUUUGAUACUCGAUAUUUCUGAUAGCUACAUUUAUAUUGAGGGGGAAUUCACACCAGAUGAUGCAACGAAAUCCUGCUAUCUAUCUGACAAUACCUCAGCCUUCCUCUUCGAUGAAAUUCGUUAUGAAAUGGGUGGCGAACAAGUAUGUAUGAUUCGAAAACCAGGCAUUACUACCACAAUGAAGAGCAUGAUCUCUUAUGGCGAUUCUAACGCUAAAUUUCUUGAAACAGUCGGAUGGGGAAUUGACAGUGAAAAUCAGCCAAUUUUAGACAAAUCUAGCCACAUAGUCAGUGGAAAACUACCACUAAAAUGUUCAAUGGGGUUCGCUGAGGAUUAUAAUAAAGGUAUAUUGAAUGUGAAACAGAAGCUGAUACUCAUCAUAUCUCGAUCAUUCAAAAACUGCUAUAUAGGAGAAGUUGAUGCCAGUGUGGAGAUUAACAAAAUCGAAUGGAAGAUAGGACAUAUUAUGCCAUCGGAUAAGCAGAGGUUGAAAUUACUGAACAGUCUCAAUAAAAGUUCUACAGCAAAAAAGAAAAUUGCAUACAGGAUGUGGGAUCUGUAUGAAUUACCGUCAAUUCGUGAAACAUCUUCAGACAUUUGGGCUGUUAAAACCACCAAUAGUCUCGAGCGACCAAGGUACAUUAUCAUAGGCUUCCAAAAUUCUGAUAACACAGAUAAUAGAUCCAAGGAUACCACCUAA